AUGUCGAUGCUCGAUCGCGUGACGGCGGCGAUAGUCGGGCAUCUGUUCAUGGCGGCGGACGGCGCGAUGCUUGGCCUCGGUAUCUCAUAUGCGGCGUACUGCAGCUUUCGGAAGUACUCUUCCACGUCGUCGGCCCUACGCAAAAUCCGCCAGGCGCCGACGGUGGAACCCUCCGACAUCCGCUCCGUGCUUUUCGACGGAGAUGGUUCCAGAGGCUAUGAUGAAUCCGACUCUUCCGUUUCGUGUUCCGACGGUGGGAAAUUGGUCGUCGUCAGGGGUACGGUCGAGGUGAAAUCUGCCGUGGAGAAGGGGAAUUGGAAGAGUAUAGAAGGCAGUAACUUGGUUGUGUCUCCGGAAACUGGCGACGAGGGCGUUCUCCUCGAGCGAGUUUACACUUGUAUAUACCAUGAGUUGAGGGGCAUCUUUCGGUGGCCCAAUGACAUACGGUCCUUGCUCUCAAAUUCCUUGAAACCACAGGGGUCUUCCUCCAUAAGAAUGGUUCCAUUCAUCCUUGUGGAGGGGGAAAAACAACCACAUCACUCUGAUUAUCUUAUUGUCAACAUGGAAGGGUCAAAGCAUCCUCUGCCACUUAUUACUGUUUUUAGCGACGUGCAGCCUCUUAAUUCUUCUCCUUACACUUUUCUUCAGGCUCUUCUGGGUCUUGAGUAUCCCGUUGGGCUACUUCAUGAAGAGAAAAUACUUCCUCUGGGGAAGGAUAUCACUGCUGUCGGUGUUUGCAAUCUUAAAGAUGGGAUUCCUGAGAUCAAAUCGUGCGAAGAUCUUCCUUAUUUUCUGUCCGAUUUGAACAAAGAUCAAAUGGUAGCCGAACUUUCAACCAAGCGUAAUGUGCUGAUGUGGAGCGGGCUGGUUUUCAGUUCUGUAGCUAUUGGCAUCCUUGGUUAUUGCAUUGCAAGAAACUGGGUGAAAUGGAAAGCACGCAGGUCCCGACAGGUAGACAACUCCGCGGAUAUCCCGUCAGAUGCUGAGGUGGCAGCAUUGGACGAGGAAUCAGGUGAAGUUCCUGAUGGCCAGCUGUGUGCUGUCUGCCUGCUGAGAAUGCGGCGAUCGGCCUUCGAUCGGCCUUCAUCCCAUGCGGGCACCUCGUCUGCUGCCAGCGCUGUGCAUUGA